AAAAAGGAGACCGGAUGUUGACAAAUUUCAUGUCACUGUUCUUAUUAGAAGCAAACCAAAGCAAAGCAGCUUCUGUUUGUUUGUGUCAAGAUUUUCUUAUCUGGGAUCUCUCUCUCUCUUUCUCUUUCUAACAACAAAAAUAUAGUACACAAACCUUUGAAGUCUUAUACAACUUCUGUCUCUUUCUCUCUCUACUUCUUGUUCUUCUCUCUCUAAAAAAAAAAGAGCUUUCUUUUUUUCUCUUUUUCUGAGAAUUAGAACCAAGAAAGAGAAAAAAAAUUCUUGUGUGGUGGCCCCAUCAGAUGUAAAUCUCCAAUCUUUUUAUUCAGUUUCAUUAGGAUCUGAAGUUUCUUUAAUUCAAUGCUCUACUUGUUUCAUAAUUAUUAUUAUUAUUAUUAAAUAUUUAUUUCCCAUUAUUUUGAGUUAAUAAUUCCACUUUUUUUGGGGUCACUCAAUUUAUCAUGAUUCUUGAGUUGGUGAAUUACUUCAAUUUAUGUUCAUUGUUCAAUCCAUGAAAAGGGUAUUGAGAAGAGUUGGUUUCAAGAUGUGGGGUUGAGGGAGCAAUUAGUUUUUAAGUCUUGAAAUGCCCGGGAAUGAAUUCACCGCCGUAUGGCUGGUCGGCGAUUACUAGCUAUUCGGCUUCAUGCAGGCGAGUUGCAGCCUGCAAUCCGAACUGAGGACGUGUUUUCAGUGGGUUCUGUUGGGAAAUGAUAAAUGGCCUACUUAACUCAGUGGUUAGAGUACUGCUUUCAUGGGGUGCAUGUGAACAUAAAUUUGACAAAGGAAUGGGAACACAAGUGCACUGUAAAGGCUACUUAGCAAGCUAUUACUCUAUGAGGGACUUUAAUGAGGACUCUAAUAGCAGCAGUUGGCCCCUAUUUUAUGCAGAUAAGACCUUACCGAACGGUCAAUAUUGUAAUGGUUUCACGUCAAGGACUAUAACUGAUGCAUAUCGAGGAUAUGAUAAGGAAAUUCUGAAGCAGAAGAUGCUUGAACACGAGGCCAUAUUCAAGAAUCAGGUGGUGGAACUUCAUCGCCUUUACAGAAUUCAGAGGGACAUGAUGGAUGAAAUUAGAAGGAAGGGAAUGCAUAAACUUCGCUCAUCGAUGGAGCCAUCAUGUUCAUCUAGUCACCUAGGAUCUCAAGUACCAUCUGAAGAUGCUCGGAAAUGGCACAUAACAAACUUCCCCUUGGAAAAUUCCAGUUAUACUAGACCAUCUACAUCUGGUACUGACAUUGUUAAUUCUCCCUUUAGUUCUUCAAAAGGAAAUGGUGUACAGUCUGGUCGAGUUCAAUUGCAGAACGGUUAUUCUUCAAAAGCCUCUGAUGUUUUGGAGACUAGGCCCUCGAAGGUCCGGAAAAAGUUGUUUGAUCUUCAACUUCCAGCUGAUGAAUACAUAGAUACAGAGGAAAAUGAGCCGUUGCGAGAUAAUGUAGGAUCUUCAUUUCCCAGUUAUCCUGCUAAUGGAAAUUAUAUAGUUGCCCGAGAGAGUGGAACAAAAUUGUUUCUUGGUGGUGGUGCAAAGAGCGAUAGCGGAAAAGAUGCUUCGGCAUCCAAUUCAUGUUUGAGAAGCUCUAUUGGGUUGGCUGAUCUAAAUGAACCAGCGCAGCUUGACGAAGCCACCUGUCCUGCUGCUUUUCUUGGUUAUGGUAAUAAUCAUAAAGAAAUUAGAAGCACAAAUGCUUCUGCAAGAUCAAAUCCGCCGUUUGUGGCUUUGCCUUGGAAUUCCAAUUGUGCACGCCCGAAUGACUCUUUAAGUAACGUAUAUGCUGACAGUAGAACCAAAGAGAGGGAGUGGUUGGCAUCGGCAUAUGAAACAGGUAACACCAAUGGUAGCUCGGCUUCAUUUCCGAGAGGUAUUGGACAAGAGAAGAUACCUGCAGCUUCCCAUCAAGCAACAGUAAUGAUUAACAAAGCCUAUCAACCGCCGGGAGUUCAUCCAAUUCACCAAAGUAAGGAUGGCAUUUGGAAAGAUAGAGCAGGGCAUAGUUUAGAUAUCUCUCACAGAAAUGGCGAGCAGUCCAAUUAUACUCAUGGUGAACCAUUUGUUACUUCCAAGAUGGCUAGUCCAUAUCCAUGUCCAAGUUCCUCCGACUUUAGCAGUUCGUGGCCACACUCUGUCUCCCCGUGGGAGAAGCCAAGCGGUAGCUUUACUCAGAGGUUAUCCUCAAUGCAUGCAAACUCAUUCUUCAACUCUUCUGCAGUAGUUGGUAAGGGUUCACAGUCAUCUCAGAGCCAAAUUGGCGACAAUUGGCAUGUGAACGGCAGUUCUAGGUUGCAUCCUAUCCGUAAUGGUUUUUACCAUGGGUCCUCAUCCGGGACCAAAGAAUCAAUUCACUUUCCUACAGCUGCUUUUGACUCUUUGAACCAUAUUAAGGGGGACCAUUUUAUGUCUCAGCGCUCCUCUAACAAUGCAUGUGAGAAUUUUCUCAUUAGCUCUAACAAUGCGGAUGUUGUGACAUCUGGAAAAGGUUUCGACUUAAAUGAACUAUCAAAGAGUGUACUUAGUGAAGAACUUCCUAGGCAAGGUGUUGAGUUUGGUGAUGAAAAAAGAGAGCCUCAAGAUCCGGUAACAGCUUUGCCAUGGCUUAAAGCUAAAGUAAAUGGUAAAAGUGAGGGCGUCAAUAGUAGGAUAGGUGGAACUUCAACAAAUUCUGGCUUUGUCCAGGCCUACUCAAGCCCUUCUUUUUGCCAAACACCGAUUGAUCCGUCAGUUUCUGAAGAUCACCGCAUGAAGACCGCAAAAGAAGGGGAGACGCGGCAUAUAAGAAAAAUUCUUGGUGUUCCAAUCCUUGAUAUUCCCUCUGCUUCCAGAAAUGAGUCAUCAUCACUUGUUUCCACUUCCGCUACUCUUCGUUCCUCUCCCAAGAGAGAGAGUAUCAGACAUCAAAGGAGGAGUAUGGUGAUUGACAUUAACAUAGCUUGUGACCUUUCUGAGGUCGAGCCCGAGAAACCUGCUGCUGCGGAACAGAUUGUUACUGAGAAAGUUAUGGAGACAAAAACUACGAACAUCAAGAAUCACUUCGAUUUGAACUCAUGUAUUACUGAGGAUGAAGAACCAGUUUCUGCUGAGAGCAAUAAGGCUAAGGUGAAGACUAUUCUGGAUAUAGAUUUGGAAGCCCCUGUAGUUAUGGACAUUGAACAGGACAGUUUGCCUGGAGAAGAAGACAAGCAACGUGAAGCAUCUUUGCAGCUACCUGACGAUAAACCUGAGCACACACAGGAGGAAUUACUCAGGACUGCAGCAGAAGCUAUAGUUGCCAUCUCAUCGUCCAGUCAAUGCAUCUCCGUAAAGGAAACAUGCAAUGAUCCAUCCGAUGAUCCUCUGGAAUCCCUACGAUGGUUUGUCGAUGUGGUUUCUUCUUGUGCAGCCGAGCUUGAUGGCACGAUGGUUGCACGUUGUGGUUCUAAGGAAAUAGAUUACUUUGAGGAAAUGACAUUGCGACUAACAGAAACGAAGGAGGAAGAUUAUAUGCCAAAGCCUUUUGUUCCUGAAUUCCAAACAGUGGAAGAUGGAGGGGCCAGUUCACUAACAACCCGACCCCGAAGAGGGCAAGCAAGGAGGGGAAGGCAACGAAGGGACUUCCAAAGGGAUAUCCUUCCCGGUCUAGUUUCAUUGUCAAGGCACGAGGUGACCGAAGACAUUCAGACGUUCGGAGGGUUGAUGAGAGCAACGGGCCAUACUUGGAACUCCGGUUUGACAAGAAGGAACGGGACAAGAAACGGAGGUGCUAGGGGAAGGCGGAAAACAGUUGUGGUCGCCACCCCUGCAACGGUGUUGACCACGACGAGCUCUCCGCUAAUGCACCAACUUAAUAACAUUGAAGCUAGUUUGGAGGAUAAAAACCUAACAGGGUGGGGAAAGACACCUAGGCGCCCGCGGAGGCAAAGAUGCCCUGCAGGUAAUCCUCCGGCUGUCCUGUUAACUUAAACACGAGCAAAAAUGACGUAAUAUUGUCGAUUCAUCAUUUAUAGAGAUGACAUUUAACGGAUUUAGGGAGCUUUGUUUAUGAGUUUCAGGAGUGAGAGUUUUUAGCUAUAUGGGGAUUGUUUUUGUACAUGUCUUUGUUUGCUCCAUAAUUUGGAGCCCCCAUUAUUAUGUUUCUUACAUUGGAUUACUGACCUUGUAUUCAAGAGGAUGCUGCUGCUUAAUGUCUCGUGUAUUUAUACA